GUGUCCUACAGUCCUGGGGGUUAAGGACUUGGGAAAUUUUACUGAAUACUGAAUAAUGUGAUGGUGCUCAAAAGCCUCACUUGAGAGUCGGAACGUAGCAUUUAGACUACUUUCUACUUUACUACACUAUCGCCUCUUUACCCACUUGGCACCGAACCUUUGGCUAGAGACACAGCCAGCUAGCCCUGUUUUGCAUCUCGCCGCCGAUCAUUUGGUACGCUUCGAGAAACUACGGCAGCUAAUAACGGAAUUCUUCAAACAUUGAACACGACAACAUUAGAUAUCCUUUUUCUUCAAUUUACCAACCUAUAAGCUAAUAACCAUCACUUAUCUAUGCGAUAUCGUCUUCUCAUCCAUUUUUUUUUCAUAGCUCCUAGAGCAUCGUAAAUCGUCCAGGAUGGUGCUGAAGAAAGCAACAUGGCUUUGGGUAAUUCCCAGCCUAUUGGAGACUUUCGUCAUAGGUGCUCCAACUACCGGAGCUCAAUAUGUGCUGCAAGCAGGCCAUAACAGAGGUAGCCAGUCUACGUCGCAGCGCAAGUUGCACGGCAGAUUUCUGCAUAUUACAGAUCUACAUCCAGACGAAUACUACAAAGUCCACACAUCUACCAAGGAGAAUAUCGCAUGUCACCGAGGUCAAGGCCCGGCUGGAACUUAUGGCGCAGAAACUUCUGAUUGCGAUGCCCCGCUGGCGUUGGUGGACGCGACACUCAAUUGGGUUGCCGCCAACCUGAAGGACGAGAUUGAUUUCGUGGUUUGGACUGGCGACUCAGCCCGCCAUGACAGCGAUGAGGAGAAACCCCGCCAUAACAAAGAAAUCCUAGCUAUGAACCAAAGAAUUGCCGACGCAUUUGUGACUACAUUUUCCGACGAUAAGGGGCUGGUAGUUCCAGUUGUCCCAACUUUCGGCAACAAUGACAUAUACCCACACAAUAUAUUAUUACCAGGUCCGAACCAGAUUUUGAAGACUUAUACCGAUGUCUGGCAUGAUUUCAUUCCAGAAGCGCAACGGCACUCAUUUGAAUAUGGUGGCUGGUUUUAUGUUGAAGUUAUCCCGAACAAGCUGGCCGUCUUUAGUCUUAAUACCUUGUACUUCUUCGAUCGUAACGCGGGGGUCGACGACUGUGCACACCCAAGCGAACCCGGAUACAAGCACUUCGAGUGGCUGCGAAUCCAAUUGCAGUUCAUGCGAGAGCGCGGGAUGAAGGCUAUUCUCAUAGGCCAUGUUCCUCCUGCCAGGACUUCCGGCAAGCAACUAUGGGACGAAACCUGCUGGCAGAAAUACACCCUCUGGCUGCAGCAGUAUCGCGAUGUCGUUACCGGCUCUCUAUAUGGACAUAUGAACAUAGACCAUUUCUUACUUCAAGACACUAAGGAUAUCGACUUUUCCUUCAUCGAAAGCGAGCCUAAUCAACGAGCAAGUAUUCGCGAGACCAUGGACGAUGAGGUUUCGAUCGAAUCGAGUAAAGACUACCUCAUAGAAUUGCGCGACGACUGGUCUAAAUUGCCAGACCCGGUUCAAGGCCGGGGCCUUGAAGAAUCUGGGAAGAAAAAGAAGAAGGGCAAGAAAGGCAAGGGUAAGAAAGGCAAGGGAGGGAAGAGCAAGAUGGGCGGGCCUUUCGCGGAGCGAUACCAAUUGACUCUUAUCAGCCCUAGCGUUGUCCCCAAUUACUUCCCGAGUCUCCGUGUUUUCGAAUACAAUAUAACCGGCCUUGAGGAUACCCUAACGUGGGUAGACACGUUGCGCGCCUCUGGUGCUCAAGCCUUUUCUCCCAGCACGGAGGAAUGGCAUGAACUAGAGCUUCGUGAAGAACCCAAUCUAGAAGUCGAGAAGAAGAAGAAGAAAGGGAAAGGAAAGGGCGACAAGAAACCCGAUGACACCAAAUUCCCAAUUCCAGACGCACCAGCCAAGGGAACGCCUCCGGGCCCCGCAUACUUCCCCCAGCCUUUGACGCUCAAAGGCUUCACCCAAUACUACGCGAACCUGACGUAUCUCAACAACGACAUCACCGCAGACGACGGCGACGACGACGACGAAGUGUCGUCUUCGAGCUGGAAUGCGGGCAAGCACUGGAACAAGAAGCCCAAGCACGCUAAGCCGAAACCGAGAGAGUUUGCCUACGCGGUCGAAUACACCACCUUCGACGACAAGAUCUACAAGCUGAAGGACUUAACGGUUAAAAGCUUGCUAAAGCUCGCGCAUAGGAUUGGUCAGGCUUCGGCUAUUUCUGAGGGGCUUGUUGGCGAGGAGUCCGAACACGAUUAUAAUGAUAACGAAUAUGAAGUUGAUGAAGUUAACGAAGACGGUGAUGAGUUUGAUAGAGAGGGAGAGGAAGAGGAGGAGGAGGGGUCAGAUACCGACUUCGAAAUCGAGAAGAAGAAAAAGAAGAAGCACCGUAAAGGCCACAAGAAGAGAAAGGAUACUAAGGUGUGGCUGCACUUCCUUAGACAUGCGUUUGUUAGCACGAGGAGUAUAGACGAGCUGAGGGAUCUCGAAUAACCCGGCAAAGAACGGUUUUGAUUGGGUUCUGGGUCUGGGUUUAGGCGUGAUUACUUUUAUAUAUACCUACCUAUUAUCGGUUUUUAGACUACAUAGGGAGUUCCGGCUGGGCGUGGGCGGCGCUUUUGGGGGGAGAGCGUUUUGUUAAUUACCUAGGUUACCUGAGUUGGUUUUUAUUUUUAUUAUAUGGCUUGGGUCUUUGGGAGUGAGCGAUGCGGGAGGGAUAGGUAUGACGAUGAUGAUGAUGACUGGUAUAUAAGUGGUCU